AUGGAUAAGAAUCAUUUACGUGGAAUUAUAUUAAAACUUCAGGAUUGUUUAAGUGAUAAUGAUCGACAACGUUUACAUUUUUUUCUCGGAGAUACUGUACCACGACAAAUUAGAGAUGAUCAAACACUAAAUGGUACUCUUAGAUUGAUGGAAUCACUUUUUGAUCAAGAUAAAAUCAAUGAACGAGAUGUUACAUUUUUAAUCAAUACCUUUAAUGCAAUUCAAUGUAAUGAUGCUGUCAAAAUUCUCAAUGAACAUAUGAAACGGAUGCAAUCAAAUUGGUUACAUAAAUCAACACAAAGUAUAUCACCAAUGAUUCCAUCAUUCAUUGAUCAAGUUAUUAUGGAUCAAGAAGAUAAAAAUUCUACUCAAACUUGUAUUAUUAUCAUCAAACCCGGUCAAAAAUUUGGUGGUACAAGUGGUGACGACUUCAAUGAUUCAUUAUUGCCAGAUUUCACUUGUCAUCAUUUAAGUGCAAUCGGUGUUUAUGCUCAUGAUGAUAAUAUCGAAUCAUAUCAAUUUUUCUAUUCUUUAGAUAAUGAUAAUCAACUCACAAUAGAAUCACAAAUUCAUGGCAAUCAAGAUUCUAAAAUGAUAACAAUGUUUGAAUUUGAUAAAGAUGAAAAGAUUGAUUCAGUAGAAGGACAGAUUAUUAAUGAAAACAUUGUCUCUCCUAACGGCACAAAUCUAACAAUAUCACGAAUUACAGGACUUCAAUUCUUUUCAACAAAAGGUCGAGCGAGUCUAUCAUAUAAUGGACAAUUGGGACAAACAUUUACCGAAAACUUUGAUCAAUACACUUUAGGCUAUGUUACUGGUAAAGCAACUCAUUAUAUUAAUCAAUUACAGUUCUUUUGGUAUCCAACAGAUUAUAAAUGUUAA